AUGGAACCACAGGUCACUCUAAAUGUGACUUUUAAAAAUGAAACCCAAAGCUUUCUUGUUUCUGACCCAGAAAAUACUACUUGGGCAGAUGUAGAGGCGAUGGUAAAAGUUUCAUUUGAUCUGAACACUAUUCAGAUAAAAUACCUGGAUGAGGAAAAUGAAGAGGUAUCUAUCAACACUCAAGGUGAAUAUGAAGAAGCCCUUAAGAUGGCAGUUAAGCAUGGAAACCAACUACAAAUGCAAGUGCAUGAAGGAUAUUAUGUUGUAGAUGAAGCUCCAGCUCCGGUUGUAGCAGAGAAACGGCUAGCUGCCAAGGCAGGAAAGAAGCCGCCUGCACAUUAUUCCUCACUAGUGAGAAUCCUGGGAUCAGACAUGAGGCCCACAGAGGAGCCAGCAGGCCAGCGAUUUCCACUUGCUCCAUGUGAUGCAGACCAACCUCAAGAUAAGCCUCCAGACUGGUUUACAAGUUACUUGGAGACAUUCAGAGAACAAGUGGUUAAAGAAACAGUUGAGAAGCUUGAACAGAAAUUGCAUGAGAAGCUUGUACUCCGAAGUUCAACCUUAGGUUCCUGUUCCUCAGAAGUCUCAAUGCCUAGUUCAGAGGAAACACUGUUUUUGCCAGAAAAUCCAUUCAACUGGCAUAUUGACUGCAGCAGCUGCCAAAGAAAAAUUAUUGGUGUGCGCUAUCAAUGCAGCCUGUGCCCAUCCUACAAUAUCUGUGAAGAUUGUGAGGCAGGGCCCUACACCCACGACUCUAACCAUGUCCUGCUGAAGUUGCGGAGACCUGUCGUGGGGUGCUCUGAGCCAUUCUCACAAUCCAAGUUUUCUAGCCCUCGUCUUCCUGCCGCCCUGGAACAAGUCAGGCUCCAGAAGCAGGUUGAUAAGAAUUUUCUUAAAGCAGAAAAGCAAAGGUUGCGAGCUGAGAAGAAACAGCGUAAAGCAGAGGUCAAGGAACUCAAAAAGCAGCUUAAACUCCACAGGAAGAUUCAUUUGUGGAAUUCUAUCCAUGGACUUCAGAGCCCCAAGUCUCCUUUGGGCCGACCUGAGAGCUUGCUACAGUCUAACACUCUCAUGCUCCCAUUGCAGCCUUGUGCCCCAGUUAUGCCAACCCUCAGUGCAGCUUUUGUGGAUGAGAAUUUGCCUGAUGGAACUCACCUUCAGCCAGGAACCAAGUUUAUCAAACAUUGGAGGAUGAAAAAUACAGGAAAUGUAAAAUGGAGUGCAGACACAAAGCUCAAGUUCAUGUGGGGAAACCUGACUUUGGCUUCUGCAGAAAAGAAGGAUGUCUUGGUUCCUUGCCUGAAAGCUGGCCAUGUGGGAGUUGUAUCUGUGGAGUUCAUUGCCCCAACUUUGGAAGGAACAUACACUUCCCAUUGGCGUCUUUCUCAUAAAGGCCAGCAGUUUGGGCCUCGGGUCUGGUGCAGUAUCAUAGUGGAUCCUUUCCCCUCCACAGAGAGUCCUAAUAGCAAUGAAAAGGACAUGAUCACCUCCUGCAAAGCUGAUGAGGAAGCUUUUUGUCUGGCCAAAGAAGAAAUGCAGCUUGAUGGAGUGACUGAGAAGACUGAAGGAACAGGAAGCGGCAUUUCUCAGAAAAUAAAAAAGGUUCCCAGAGAGAGGGAGCUCUAUAUCCCAUCUGUGGACCUUCUGACUGCCCAGGACCUGUUGUCCUUUGAGCUGUUGGAUAUAAACAUUGUCCAAGAGUUGGAGAGAGUGCCCCACAACACCCCUGUGGAUAUGACUCCUUGCAUGUCUCCUCUGCCACAUGACAGUCCUUUAAUAGAGAAGCCAGGCUUGGGGCAGAUAAAGGAAGAAAGUGAAGGGGCGGGAUUUAAAGCUCUUCCUGAUUCCUCAGCAUCAGUGAAGAAUAAGGCUGAGAGCACUGCUUCAGUGGAGGAAGCAGAAGAUGACCUAAGUGGGACCCAGUUUGUAUGUGAGACUGUGAUCCGAUCCCUCACCCUGGAUGCUGCCCCUGAUCACAACCCACCUUGCCGAGGAAAGUCCCUGCAGGUGAGACGUGCUCUUCCAGAGGGACCACGUGGUGAUGAAAGAGAAGAGAUUAUCCACAUCGCUGAGGAAGAAUUUGUUGAGGAGGAAGAUGACUUCAAAGAUGAAGUUCAGAGUCAGUCCUCUGCCUCCUCAGAGGAUUAUAUCAUCAUCCUACCUGAGUGCUUUGAUACCAGCCGCCCCUUGGGGGACUCCAUGUACAGCUCAGCACUCUCUCAGCCAGGCCUGGAACGAGGAGUUGAAGGCGAGCCUAUCAUUGAGACUGGACAGGAACCAGCUGAGGCUGGGGAGACACUCCCUGGAGGGGAGAACCAGCCACAGAGGCACACCAUCAAUGACAUCCUUAUGGCCUCACAGACUUUGGAAGCAGUGCCCCUAACCCCAGAGGUGGUGGGGCCUUCACCUCCACUACCCAGGAGCCCUCCUUGUGUACAGCAUCCUGCUUUCUCAGGAGUGGAUUUACCAGUUACCAUUCCAGAAGUUUCUUCAGUCCCUGAUCAGAUCAGAGGAGAGUACAGAUGCUCAUCAGGACAUGUAAACAGCAGACAGAAGAGCUGUGACCACUCAAGGCAUCACCAAGGGAGCAGCAUUGCUGGAGGACUAGUGAAGGGGGCUUUGUCUGUUGCUGCCUCUGCGUACAAGGUCCUGUUUGCUGGGCCACCAGUCACUGCACAGCCAGUAGUCUCCGAAGACCAGACAGCUGCGUUGAUGGCCCACCUCUUUGAAAUGGGCUUCUGUGACCGGCAGCUGAACCUACGGCUACUGAAGAAGCACAAUUCCAACAUCCUGCAGGUGGUGACAGACCUCCUUCAGGUCAACACCAAUGACUGGUACAGCCACCGCUAUUGA